UCGUGCUGGUAUCUAUUGAGUGCAUGCGUGCGCGAGUGCGUGCUACGGUUUGAGCCUGUCACUCUCGUUGUGCCGCGGCGCGAACACGGGUAGCAAGAAGGACCAAAAAUCCGCCUGGUAUCAGUUGUUGUCCCUGGAAAGACUGUUUCCCCCCCAUCACUAGAGACACCUCUCUUGUUUUAAAGUGCGUCUGCUCUUCAAGGAGAAUAGCUGUGUGACACAUUACAAUGCUUCAAAUAAGGGACCUCAUCUGGGGAUUGUUAUUCAUCGGCUGUGCAGCUGCCAUUCAGGUGGAAAUUACUCCACCACAAGGGGAGAUCAGCGUAGGAGAUUCCAAAUUUUUCAUCUGCGAAGUGGUAGGAGAUGCUAAAGACAUAGACUGGUACGCCCCCAGCGGUGAGAAGAUCCUUCCCAACAGGGCAGACAUUUUUGUGAGCCGCAGUGAUGAAGCCACGUCGACUCUCACCAUAUACCACGCCACCGUGGACAGUGCUGGCAUCUACAAGUGUGUGGCAAAGGAUGGAGACAAGGAAGCCCAGGCCACUGUCCAAGUAAAGAUCUUCCAAAAGAUCACGUUCAAGAGUACUUCCAACCCGCAGGAGUUCAUCGAGGGUGAGGAUGCUGACAUAGUCUGUGAUGUUGUCAGUUCACCACCACCCACUAUUAUUUGGAAGCACAAGGGCUCCAAGAUCCAACCUGCCAAAGAUGUUCGAUUUAAGAUCAUGGAUAAUGGCCACCUGCAGAUCCGCAGCAUUAAAAAGACAGAUGAGGGCAACUACACUUGUGAGGCUCGUGUCAUGGCCAGGGGAGAAAUUGACUUCAAGACUAUGAAGGUCAUUGUUAACGUGCUUCCCAGCAUCCGUGUCAGGCACCCAGAAGUCAACGCUACAGCAGACGUUGGUAAAUCAGCUUUACUGGCUUGUGAUGCAGAUGGCUUCCCGGAACCCACCGUGACUUGGGCACAUAACGGCGUUGUCCUUGAAGACGGCGAUAAGUACAGCCUCAAUGAGGAUGGUUCAGAAUUGUUAAUAAAACAUGUCACCAAAGUGGAUGAAGGAGAUUACACGUGCAUCGCCAAGAACAAGGCGGGAGAGAAAGCGGAGGAAGUCAGCCUAAGCGUGUUUGUCCAACCCAACAUUACCUACUUGAGUAACCAAACUGCUUCGGAGUUUGAUGAUCAAGUCACCCUGACAUGUCAGGCUUCCGGUGACCCAACACCUACAAUUUCCUGGAGUUUUGGAAACAAGGUCUUCACUGAAGGAGAACAGGCCUCUUGGACUCGACCAGACACAUACGAGAGCCUUGAUAGAAAUGUGGUGGUGCGCAGUCAUGCGCGGGUGUCCUCUCUCACCUUGAAAAAUGUCCAGUUCACAUAUGCUGGUCAGUACCUCUGCACCGCCAGCAACUCCAUCGGCCAGGACGCCCGGCACAUGUACCUGGAAGUCCGCUAUACUCCAAAGAUCCUGGGUUCGGUGACAGUAUAUACAUGGGAGGGAAACCCGGCCAACAUCAGCUGUGAGGUGGAGGCUCAUCCCGGAGCCUCGGUGGUUUGGUUCAGAGACGGCUUCCAGCUGCCCACUGCCAACAGCACUAAUAUGAAGAUCUAUAACACACCAUCCGUCAGCUACCUUGAGAUUACCCCUGAUUCUCAAAACGACUUUGGCAGUUACAACUGCACAGCGACCAAUGUGAUGGGUUCUGAAUCCAAGGAAUUCCUUCUUAUCCAAGCAGAGGUGCCGUCAUCGCCUGUAAUUCAACAAGUGGAGCCUUUCUCAAGCACAGCAGUGGUAAAGUUUGAGGAGCCUGAUUCAAUGGGUGGAGUGCCAAUUAUCAAGUAUAGAGUGGAAUGGCGUUUGCCUGGCCAGGACUGGACUGGCAAGGAGGAAGAUGUUGAGGAUGACAUGACCGGGAUCACCAUCACUAAUUUGAAACCAGAAACUACAUACGAGGUCAGGAUGUCUGCCAUCAAUGGGAAAGGUGAAGGCGAGAGCAGCCAGGCCAGCACUUUCAAGACUGAGCCAGUCCGGUAUUCUGUCACAAUUUCAUCAGAGAUACCACCCCCUAUUGCUGCCACCAGUAUGGCCCGUAAAGGGGAACCCAGUGCUCCCAAACUGCAGGCCAAGGUGCACAGCCCGGGCAAUUCUCUUAAGAUCAACUGGAUCACGCAAGAUAACGGUGGUUCCAAGAUUAAACAUUACCUGAUCAGAUACAAGGCUAAGCGUGUAUCUGACUGGAAACCAGAGCUCCGCCUUCCCAGUGACAGUACCUAUAUCGUCCUGAACAGCCUGGAAUGGAACACGGAGUAUGAGGUUCAUGUGGUGGCAGAGAAUGAGCAGGGCAAAUCUAAGCCUGGCAUCCUCACCUUCAAGACAGAUACAGAGCCCACAACUGUCCCAGACGCCAUGGGUGGUGGCUCAGGCAUGGGCACCGGGGCCAUCGUAGGCAUCCUUAUUGUUGUCUUUUUCCUGCUGCUGGUGGGCGUGGAUGUCACCUGCUAUUUCCUCAACAAGUGCGGGCUCCUCAUGUGCAUUGCUGUUAACUUCUGUGGGAAAGCUGGCCCAGGCGCAAAGAGCAAGGACAUCGAGGAGGGCAAGGCGGCAUUCACCAAAGAUGAGUGUAAGGAGCCUAUUGUUGAAGUGAGAACAGAGGAAGAAAACACUCCAAACCAAGAAGGAGGAGGUGCCACCGAGCCCAACGAGACCACGCCAUUGACAGAACCUGAGCCUGCUGCUGCAGACACCACGCCGAUGGUGGUAAAUCUGCUGUCCUCCACAGCUGCUAACUCAGUUACUGAGAGCUUUAGCACGGCACAAAGCAGUCCUGCUAGUGAGAGAACCACACUAACAACCAACACCUCCAGCCCAACCCAAGUGGCCCAUGCCAAGUCUCACCCUAAAAACAGCCCUACAGCCAAUUCGCAUAAAUCUAACCCCCAACCUGAUGUUGGACCUCUGGUUGACCUGAGCGACACCCCUAAAGUUGCCGCAUCUUCCGACCCAACACCCCUUGUAUCAGAGCUAGUCAGCCCACCCUCUGCUAAUGCUGAUGGGCCACAGAGUCCGCAGGACUCAGUCAAAGCCCCUGACAGCACCCAGAAUAAGGACUCACAAGUAGACGGCCCGACCAAGGAUGUUCCUAAUGCCCCGUGCACAGACUCGACCACACCAGCCCAAAAUGAUGGUAAGACUGUGAAGGAUGAUAGCACUAAAGGCGAGGCGGAGGUGAAGAAUGCCACAGCCGAAGUGAAGACAGUUCCCAACGAGGCUCCUCAGAUGAAUGGCAACGAAAGUAAAGCGUAAUCUUCUUGCCCGUGAGCAGCAAGAAGAAGAGGGCACGUAGGGUUGGGAGGGUUCGGGUUGUUGGGUUUUAAGGUUAAAAGGGGUUGGUCACAGUCACUGAAACCUCAAAGCAAUUUCACACACCACCCCGUUGCAUUAGAAAAACCAACAAGAAGCAACUGAAAAAAAAAUUAGAAAAAAGAAAACCAUUGGUCUCUUUCUCUUUCUGCAGUGUCUUCUGACCAGGAAUAUGUAAAGACCUCAUGCACUUGCCUUAGUUCCUUUACAUAAGUUUACCUGUUUAUUUGUCACAGAAAAAAAUAGAUCUCUUGUAAUUCACCUUCUUUCUUUGACUUAAUAUUAAAUUGAUCAGCGGAGAAGAAUUGACAUUUUCCUGUAGAUAAACAUGGUUGGACUGUAGCUUUACUUCACUGAUUACUGCCUUCAUGAUGUACACACAUGUAAGUCAUGUACAUUACCGAUGCUACUAUUCUUUAUGCAGUAUGGUCAUCAUCAUGGUAAUGCAUUAUGAAAAAAUGGGUCUUUUU